CUUCUGGCCCUGGUGAUGUUGAGCUCCAGCCCUGCCUGCUCUCUGGACUACAACCUGCAUUUCAGCCAUGGCAAUCCAGAAACCUUCACACUUUUGAGUCAAAUGGGGAGAAUCUCCAUUCUGUCCUGUCUGAAGGAUAUGACUGACUUCAGCUUUCCUUGGAUGCUUGCCGUUGGGAACAAAUUUGAGAAGACAGAAGCCACAGCGGUCAUACAUGAGAUGCUCCAGCAGAUCUUCAACCUUUUCAGCAAAAGUGGCUCUCUUCUGGCUUGGGAUGAGACCCUUCUAGACAAAUUCCUCACUGGACUUUAUCAGCAGCUGGAUGACCUGCAGACAUGUUGGGGAGGAAAAAACGUGGAACAGUUACCCCUGGAAAGUGAGAACUCCAUACGGGCUGUGAAGAGAUACUUCCAUGGAAUCAGUCUCUAUCUUAAAGAGAAAGAAUACAGCCACUGUGCCUGGAAGGUUGUAAGGGUGGAAACCAAAAAGUGCUUGUUCUUCAUUAACAAGCUUACAGAGAAACUCAGGAAAUAA